AUGCGCUCAACGUUGGUAUCGCCGAAGUAUUUGAUGACCCCCUUUCGCGAAUCCUUUCUAGAAUAUGUGGGCUGCUUUUCGAAUAGGCAGAAGGGUACCACGACCAGAUUCGCGAGGACAUCAACCCUCGCGUGCAGCUUAUUCCGGAGGGUCUUUUCCCAGACAGCGUUAGCAAAUUUCUGUCGGCACCUGACCCCGCGACGACGUUCUUCACAACAGCGGGAGUGGAUCAAAGAAGGGAAACAGGAGCGGCAAAAGGCAGGAAAGAGAGUGUUGCAAAAAGCAACGGUACUCAGCGCAAGUUAG